AUGGGCACUGAGGAGAAAGAUUUAGAGUCUGCAGUGCAACAACCACCAAAGGAACAAGGAUCACCAGAGAAGGAAAAUGAAUCUCCUGUGGAGCCUCCUCAAGGACAAACACCUGAGACCAACGACCCCCUCAACACGUACAAGUGGCACACCGGCUCCAGGGGAACACUUAAUGAGGUGAAAGAAGAUGGAGACGGAGGAGCAGCUUCCUCCACAUCGACUAUCGAUAGGAUUCAGAAGGCCUCCACCAACAAGUGGAGCAAGAUGCAAAACUGGCGCAAGGCCCUGAGCGAGGACCCUGGAGACAAACAUUCAUCCAGUGGGAAAGGUGGAGAGAACGCCAAGACGGACAAAGGUGCCAGAAAGAACCCCUUCAGAAGAGCCCUGUCUGAGCCUCCUGGGUCACUGUUUGCAGCCCUGACCCCUUCCUCCAGCUCCGCCAGCUCAGCUAAUGCAGCCUCAUCGUCAGCUGCUGCAGAGCCGUCAGCAGUCUCCUCCACUGACCCUUCACAGAAAGGAGGUGGAGGGGCACUCCUGAAGAAGUACUUGAGGAGUGUGUCCCAGAAGCUUAAAAGGCCCAGGCUGCAGAGUCGGAACAGCACCCCAGCAUUACUGCCAGAUGUGGAGGAGGUUGAAUCGGCACCCACUGAACUCCCAAGACUGCAAUGGGCCCCACCUCAGGAGGUGCCCUUAUGGGACAUCAGUAACUGUAUGCUUGAAGAUGGCCAAAUUCUCAUUUCUCCUGAGGAAGAGGUAGCCUACAUAUUCAUGCACUAUGGUUCCCGGGAUUCUGUGUCAAUUCCAGUCAGUGCAGUGGGGAGUCUAGAUCUGAGUGCCGACACCAGCACUGUCAUCAGGCCGGUCCACAGCUCCAUUCUGGGGGAGAAGUACUGCUUUGAGGUCAUAAACUCUGAGAACACCCACUGCUUUGGCUGCUCCUCAGCUGCUGAACGUGAUCGUUGGAUUGAAGACCUAAGACGGGCUGCCCAGCCUAACAAGGAUAACAUCGAGCGCACAGAGAACUCCUUGAGUCUGUGGAUAAAUGAAGCUAAAGAUCUCCCACCCAAGCGAAGUUAUUACUGUGAGGUACACCUGGACGGUACCCUUUUCGCCCGUACCAGCAGCCGAGCUGUCGGCAAGCCACCUAACCGCCAGCUGCCGGGGGACUCUUCCACUGGGUCUUCAGGAGGCCUGGGGGCCAGUGGAGGUGUGGCUGGAGGCUGUCAGUUAUUCUGGGGUGAAUUCUUUGAGCUAGAUAAUCUGCCAUGUGUCUCCCAAAUCACCCUGCACCUCUUUCGGGAAGAGGACCCCAAGAAAAAGCGUCACUCCCGAGAAGAGUCCAGCCUGCACCCACUGGGCAGUGUGGCCAUACCUUUAGCCGAGAUCAGAGGGAGGACCUAUCAGGAAAAGUGGUAUCCCAUCACGCCAUACAAGGCCUCAGGAACAGCAGGGAACAAGGAACUGCUGGGGCCGCAGGCUUCACUCCGCAUCAAGGCCCGUUUUCAGAAUUUGCAAGUGUUGCCAAUGGAGAAAUACAAAGAGUUUGCUGAGUAUGUGACACUGGAUUAUGUGGAAAUGUGCAGAAGCCUGGAGCCACUUCUGAAUGUGAAGGAGAAGGAAGAGCUGGCAGGAGCUCUGGUCCAUGUGCUGCAGAGUAUUGGCAAAGCCAAGGAGUUCCUCAUUGAUCUUGGCAGUGCAGAGGUGGAGCGCCUUGGAGAGAGAGAGGCACUGAUCUUCAGAGAGAACACACUGGCCACUAAAGCCAUAGAUGAAUAUAUGAAGCUGGUUGGCCAGAAGUACCUCAUUGUCACAUUAGGGGACUUUAUCAACCGUCUUUAUGCCUUGACGGAGAACUGUGAAGUUGAUCCGCUUAAAUGCCCUGCCUCUGAACUGUCGAACAACCAGAAGCACUUGAUGGAAGCCUGUGAGGAGGUGGUGCAGAAGAUUAUUGAGACGCAAGGACCCUUUCCCGAAGAGUUAAACAAUAUCUUCUCCAGCUGGGUGGAGCUGUGUGAAGACCAAGGCAGACCAGAGAUUGGCCAGCGUCUCAUAUCUGCUUCCCUGUUCCUUCGAUUCUUAUGCCCAGCUAUCCUCAGUCCUUCUCUUUUUGGUCUGACACAGCCUUAUCCAGAGCCAAACACCCUGCGUACCCUCACUUUAACUGCCAAAGUCAUCCAGAAUCUGGCCAACUUCACCCAGUUUGGAGAGAAGGAGGAGUAUAUGCUCUUUAUGAAUGAAUUCCUGCAGCAGCACUGGGAUGGAAUGAGGGGUUUUCUAUCAAAAGUGUCAAAUCUAGACACAGAAAUCCCAAUGUCUUCCUUCGAUGGCUAUGUGGAUCUGCCUCUGCGCUUGGCAGUGCUCCAUGGCCUUCUGGUGGACAUCAUCUAUCAGAAGGACCAGGACACAGUUGACAAGCUGCACCCUCUGCCGUCAAUUCUGAACCAGAUAACAGAGUCACUGAGCCCCGAAGCACAGCGGAUGAUAAUCACCAGCCAAAUGGGGCAAUUCAAGCCGAUGUACGUUCCUCCCAAAGACUUGAGCAAGUAUAGCCCUCUCCAAUCAUCACUCCAGCAGCUUCCUGUGGACUCCAAAGGCCUACGAGAUGGGGAUGGCAGGCAUCGGAGGAGUAUGAGAGAGAGGAAGCCAGUCACCAGAACUCAGAGUGCUCCACACAGACGUCCUGGUCAGGCAAAACAUACCUUGAAAAGGCAAACAAGUUCUGAAGCUCUGCCGAUAGCUGACAAUGAACAAGAAAUGGAGACCAACCAACCACUUAUCACAUCACCAAAUACUAGUGCCACUGUCAAACGUCAACCCGCACCAGUUCCAUGGAUCAAAGUCAGCCACAACAGGGAGUCAAGUGAGAUGAAGACUGAGAAUGAGCAGUUCAACUUACUGGAUAGGCAUGCUCAAGAGCUAUCAGAGCUUCGUCUGGGAAUAGAGCAGGUGACAGAGCGUGAACUGGACAUGGCAAAGCGCCUGGAGGACUUCAUCAUCCAAAGCCAGGACCAGAAUGCAAUGCUGCAGGCUGAGGUGACAGAGCUCCAGAAUCAGCUGGCUGUGCGAGAGGAGCAGCUCGCCAGUGCCACCUUCAGGCUGGGUGUGAUUGAGGAGGAGAGGGAAGAAGAUGAGAGGAAGCUAAGCGUUGCCAUUGCAGCAGCCGAGCGAAUGAACAUACUGGAGGAACAGUUUGCAGACCUGCUGAAGGACCUCCACCAGCUCAGUGAGGCCUACAACAGUGGCCAAAACAACAUACAGCAUUCUGAAAAGCCACACAUCAACAGCAACUAAACUCUGACAGUAAAAAGAUUUAGAGCUGCAGUAUCACAGUUUGUGUAAAUACGUGAAAGCCAGUACCUUAAGUUGUUUAUGGUUUCUUGAUCAGAUGUAGGUUUACUUCAUGAACAUAUUUCGAAUGGCUGUAAGUAGGCAAACUUUGUCUGAGGUGAACAUGAAACUCACAGGAUCUGUCUGCAUUUCAGCUUUACUGUAUCUCAGCUAAAGAUGUCUUUGAUUUGUAAAACUUUCCCAUAAAUAAAAGAACUACAACUGCAA